AUGUACCACUUCUGCAAAGAAAGCAAAUGCAUCCAUGAAAACGUAUUUUACUUGGGGGAGAGCGUGGCUGGGAAGCCCCGCCUGGAACGACACCAGCUGGAGCCACGUGCCCGCGGAGGGGGCGGGGAGAAGCUUUCCCUCCCUCCUCAGGAGCCGGCUCUGCGGAGGGGGCGGGGCCGGGGCGGCCCUGGCCGUCGCCCCGCCCCCUCCUCGCGGCCUGCGUCGCCGGCGGGUGCCCGGCAGGGGGCGGCCUCGCCUCCUGGGCCCCUCGCCGCGCUCCUCGCCUCCCGCUCCUCCUCCCGCGGCCCCGCCUCCCGGCCCCGGCCGGCCCCGCGCCCGUCACUCACCCUAGCUUGCACACUCACUCACACUCACGCUCGCCUCGCACGCUCGCCCUCGCCCUCCGCCCCCGCCUCCGCCCCUGCUCCCGCCGACGCCGCCCCCCCUCCCCGGCCCGGAGCCAGCCGGACCCCCAGGCCCCGCCCGGGACCCGCCGCCGCCGCCGCCGCCGCCGCCGCCGCCGCCGCCGCUACGCGAGGCCGGGGAUCGGGAGGGACCCGCAGGCCGCGCCCCCGACCCCGGCCUGGCCCGGCCCAGCCUCGGCUCCGACCCCGGCCGCGGAGGAGGACGAGGACGAGGAGGGGGAGGAGCCGCAGCACGGGGCGGCGAGGGAGGGAGCGGAAGGGGAAAGCGACCCCCGGCAGGCCCCAGACUGAGAGACCCGGGACCCCAGGGAGAGAUCCUGUCCCCCCCAGACAGAGAGACCUCGGCCCCAGGAGAGCCCCUAGCCCCAGGAAAGACCCUGUCCCACCAGACAGAGAGACCCCGGCCCCAGGAGAGACCCCGGCCCCAGGAGAGACCCGGGACCCCAGGGAGAGGCCCUGGGAGACCCUAGGCCCAGGAAAGAUGCUGUCUACCCCCCACAGAGAGACCCCUACCCCAGGAGAGACCCUGGCCUCCAGAGAGACCUAG